ACGACUCGCACUGCGAGUCUGCAGCCGACAAGACAGCGUUGGAGCCAUGUUAAAAUCCAGUCCGGCAUAGAUCAUUCGAAGACCCUCGGUUUGGAUGCAACCUUGAAGGUCGAAAUGCUUAUAACAAGGAGACCAACACAGUAGACAUCUUCACUACAGUACCAAGCCCAGGUACUUGCAUAUUCAUGCAUUGCCAUGCAGGCUGCGGGGCCAAAGUCUCUUCACUUUGGCAACUCGGUCUUCACUCUGGUACCACAUUGCAUAAUUUCGAGAUUCUCCCAUCCUCACCCUGUCUCUUUCUCCAGAAGGCAUCCGAACUUCGUCAGAUAAUUCAUAUAAACCACACUAACCACGAUUUUCGUAACAUAUCUGUUAUGACAUCUUAGUGCUCACUACUUCGACCGGUCAUACCCAAUUUCGCUAGGUAGAGCGCAAGUCACUCCGUCGAUGGACAAGACGCGGUCGUCGUCCCAGACCGCCAUGUUGGGCGGCAAGGAGAUGGUAUCUUCUUCCUCUCCGCCGCUGGCCGAGCGCCGCACCACGUGGCUGUUCAUCCGCACUCUACUAUGGAAGAACUGGACACUUAAGCGACGCCAUCCCGUCGCCACCUUUAUGGAGAUCGCCCUACCCUGCAUCUUCAUCUUAAUUAUGGGGUUACUCAAGACUUUAGUGGAUGGCGUAAGCGUACCCGAAGGAUGGAGUGAUGACGAGAGCGUCACUGGCGACGACACCUUGGGCACGUCUUACAACCUGUUCCAGACGUCGGGCACUACCUUAUCCGGUAUCCCCGCCGUUCUACCCAAGUUUACGAUGCACGAGACGUCACUGUGGGGAAUUCUGUUGUAUAUGGGUAGUCUGUCCAUAUCAGAAGGCAUGAAAAUGGACGAACUAUCGUCCGCAGACCUAGAAAACUGUACGACUGGAGUAACUACAAGAGGUUUGGUGGACAUCGACCCAACGUCCGAAUAUGCUGUACCCACGUCGUGUAGGGGCAAAGUAGCACCCUACAAGAUCGCUAUUGCCCCGGAUAACACGUUUACGCGGGACUAUUUCAUGCAAACUAUGGAGUUAUGGUACCCACGAAUUAACCUACGAAAUACCUCUACAUCGGCGGUAUUUCCGUCUUUUAUGGAGAGUGUCAAGUUCUUUGACACGGAAGAAGCAAUGGAGGACUAUGUGAGUGGCCAAGACUACGCUUCAAGUUUGGAAAACCCUCAUAUCUACGGAGGUAUCGUGUUUGAUUCCUACCCAGAUGACGAUAAUAUCGGGUCUUUCCAAGAUAUCGAGUACACUGUGAGGUUAAAUUCGACACUUGGACGACGAGGAGCCAUUGGAUUAGUCCCCCGAACAGGAGGAGAUCCGCCGCAGAUUUCGCCAUUCCAAAAAUCUAUCAGCAUGGAUUAUUACACGAGAUAUUCCAUCACGGGCUUCAUGACGCUGCAGACAUUAGUGACCAGAUUCGUGUCGUGUAUGCCUCAAUGGGACGCUUCUACUAGGACAACGAAUGGAGAGUGUCAAAGACCACAGACGACAGCAGAGGUAUCAACAGAACUAGACGACGCGCUGCUGUCGUCGUUGGAUAAUGAUGUGAUUAUCUCCACUGCUGUCCAGAAUAUCGCUGGGUCGGACGCUACAUUCUCAAGUCUAAAGGAUUUUUUCCCGAAUGAAACAGUAGAAGCAUUGCUGAAGCCACUGCGACAGGCUCCACAGCCGUAUCUUGGCGCGUCGGUGGCGCCAUUCCCCAUUGAAGCGUACAUCAGCUCUCCAUUCUAUGACCAAGUGUCGGACGUGUUCGCUAUCGUGUUCAUUUUGUCAUACUUGUACUCGAUUUCUCGGAUUCUGGUGGUUCUUAUCCAAGAGAAGGAGCUGCGUCUGCGUGAGUAUAUGAAGAUCCUGGGUGUAAAGGAGAAAGCUAUCGUCGUGUCCUGGUACAUCACGUACAUCCUGAUCCUGUUCUUCGGGUCGAUACUACAAGCUCUCAUGGGUAUGGCUGGACUCUUCUCGAACAGUUCAGUGGUGUUGAUCUUCCUCUUCUUCUUCCUCUUCAGUCUCAGUGUCCUGGCUUACGGCUUCAUGAUCAGCACCAUCUUCAGUAAAGCUCGUGUUGGAGCGUUCGUCGGAAUGGUGGUCUUCUUCCUCAUGUACUUCGUAUCAGCAGCGUUCACAACAGAAACGGCUGAGAACCAGAAGACAGCGGGGUGUAUCCUCUCUCCAGUCGCACUGUCACUUGGUGUUACGGUGCUGUCGAACUUGGAGGCUACAGGAACAGGCGUCAACUUCUCCAAUGCGAGUGUACUAAGCGACAACUUCCGCUUCAGCCGAUCGCUGCUAAUGUUCGCUAUCGACACGGUGUUGUAUACACUACUGGGACUCUACUUCGAGAAGGUUAUCCCCAAGGAACACGGUACCACAUUGAAGUGGUAUUUCCCGGUGUCUCCUUCGUAUUGGAGGAGUCGCCGUAAAGCGCGUGAGGCUUUAAAGGACUCCGACCCGGGAGAGGCCUUGCUGGACAGUGUUUCCGUCGAUGUGAACCACAACUUCGAGCCAGUGAACGCAGAACUCCGCGAACAGGAACGUCAGGGUGAAGUGUUGGCAGUACAGCGAUUACGUAAGGUGUUCCCAGUCCCUGGUGGUGAAAAAGUGGCAGUGCAGGGCCUUAAUCUGACCAUGUACAAGAACCAGAUCACCUGUUUGUUAGGACAUAAUGGUGCUGGUAAGACGACGCUUAUCUCGAUGCUUACUGGUAUGAUUGCACCAUCGAGUGGAGACGCUACGUUCCGCGGCAUGUCGAUCACCGAAGAUAUGGACGAGAUUCGCGAGUCUUUGGGUCUUUGUUUCCAACACGAUGUACUCUUUGAAGAGCUAACUGUUGAAGAACAUCUGCUCUUCUUUGGACGGAUCAAGGGCUACACGAAGACCGAGCUGGACGCUGUGAUCACCCGACAGAUCCGUGAAGUUGGGUUAACCGAGAAGCGCCACGUAAAGUCGACGGAGUUAUCUGGUGGUAUGAAGCGAAAGCUGUCUGUUGCUGUCUCUCUACUGGGUGACAGCUCGUUGGUGUUCCUGGACGAACCCACGUCCGGUAUGGACCCAUACAGUCGUCGUAGCACGUGGGAGAUCCUGCUGAACAACCGCAAUGAUCGAGUCAUGGUAUUGACGACACAUUUCAUGGACGAAGCGGAUAUUCUCGGUGAUCGUAUUGCCAUUAUGGCUGAAGGAGAGCUGCGUUGUUGCGGCUCGUCGCUGUUCUUAAAGAACCGCUUUGGAGCAGGCUACAACUUGACUUUAGUGAAGGACGACGCCACCUGCAAGGACAGCGCAGUGAUCGAUUUUGUGACGUCACGAGUGCCCGCUGCGCAAUUGCUGAGUAACGUUGGUAGUGAGAUUGCGUUUCAACUGCCACUUGCGAGCUCGUCGAAGUUCGCGUCGAUGUUUGCGGAUAUGGACGACAACCUGCAGAAGCUUGGGUUGCUAUCUUAUGGUGUAUCUGUGACCACACUAGAGGAAGUGUUCAUUAAGGUGGCGGAGGCAGAUGAUCACGGUAACCAGCAUACGCUUGGGAACCGUGGCAGGUCAGAAACACCCGUGCAAAGCCCCACGGCUUCAAGUGAUUCGGGUGCUCUUCCUGAACAGACUGGAUCGUUCUUCAUGACUCAUUUACGAGCUCUCGUUCUCAAGCGGUUCCGAUAUGCCAAGCGUGACAAGAAGAUGAUCUUUUACAGCCUUGCACUCCCGGUUUUCUUGCUGCUGGUUGGUUUGGGUUUGCUUCAAGGCACCAGCUUCACGAAGAACGAUCCGAAUCUGGCGUUAACUACGGACAAGUUUGACUAUGGAACUGAGACCCCAACGCCGUACUUCUGUCAACCCGGUACAACAGAUGACCAGUGGUGCAGCACUGCGAUGGGAAGUUCGUACUUUACCGACGUAUCCACUGAAGCUUUGGCGUUGUCUGAACCAGCGUACGACUCCAGUUCGCCCACAGUCUUUCGUGUGACGUACACGAACCCUGCAGUCAACACUACUGGUGCCACUGGAUACGGGUUACGUCUGGGUCAGGAGAUUUACAAGCGUGGUUACGGUGUCGAUACCAGUACAGUUGAAGGCCAAUACGGCGCGUACUUGGUGCACGGAGACAGCAUCCAGAACUUGUUCGGCUACAACAUGUUUAUCAACACUACGUCCACCCACAGUGCUAUUAUUUUCAAGGCGUUAAUGGACCAGACGAUCUACCGGUUCUUCGCAUCCAACUCGAGUUCCGAUGGCUCGAACGUCAACCUGGUUGUUAACAAUCACCCGCUCCCUUUGACUGCUGAUACGAAGGCUUUGUUCGGGUCUUUCCUGGCAUUUACAGCGUGCUUGUUCAUCUGCAUCGCCUUCACGUAUUACCCGGCGUCUAUCGUGACGUUCCUGGUGAAGGAGAAACAGUCGAGCCACAACUCGAAGCACCAGCAAUUGGUAUCGGGUGUAUCACUUGGAGCGUUCUGGCUGUCCAACUUUAUCUGGGACUUCCUGCUGUAUUUGAUUCCGUGUGCUGCUGCCAUCAUCAUGAUCAAGGGCUUCAACAUCGACUCGAUGACGGGCAGCUCGGCUUGCAACAGCUGCACGUCCGAGACGUUCCCGGCCGUCAUCGUCCUGUUCAUUUUAUUCGGAUUGGCGAUCUGUCCGUUCACGUACUGCCUGUCAUAUCUGUUCAAGGAGCACGCGUCGUCUCAAACGUACACAAUCAUGAUCAACUUCAUCAUCGGCGUGGUGCUCAUGGUCGUGGCGUUUAUUCUGGAUGUGAUCGAGUCAACGGAAGAUAUCAACGCAGUGUUGGUCUUCUUCUGGCGCUUGUCUCCUCUGUUUAAUCUCGGCUAUGGCCUGUUGAAUCUGGUGCUAAACGAGCUCACUACGAUCCGAGAGAGUGACGAGACCAAGACGAGUCCGUUCAGUACUGACCUUAUGGGUUGGGAGAUGAUCUACCUGUUCGUUACGGCCAUUCUGUAUGGCUUCCUGGCUGUGGGUAUUGACUACGCUAUGACUUUUCCCAAGGUGAAAGACUGGAUGAGUGGCCGUGAUAACGUUGAAGACGAGCCGUACGAGGAAGACGAGGACGUUGUGAAGGAGGCGCAGCGUGUAGCUAACGGAGAGGCAGACAACGACAUCGUCAAGUUAUCGAACCUUCGUAAAGUGUAUCAAGGCGGCAAGGUCGCGGUUCGUAACUUGUCGUUCGGUUUAAAGCGCGGUGAAUGUUUCGGUUUCCUGGGUAUUAACGGCGCUGGCAAGACGACGACGAUGAAGAUGCUCACUGGCGAUGAACUCCCCACCCACGGUACUGCUACACUCGGCGGCUUUGACAUCUUAACGCAACAGAUCGAAGUUCGACGCCAGAUUGGCUACUGCCCUCAGUUUGAUGCUCUCUUUGAGCUACUGACAGUACGUGAACAUCUGGAGCUGUUCGCAUCGAUCAAGGGCGUUCCAAGCUCUCAACUGAACACAGUCGUAGAGGACAAGAUCAAGCAGUUGAAUCUUGGAGACUUUGAGAACAAACUGGCUGGUAGUCUGAGUGGCGGUAACAAGCGCAAGUUGUCGGUGGCUAUCGCUAUGAUCGGCAACCCGCAGAUCAUCUUCCUGGACGAGCCGUCGACGGGUAUGGACCCGGUUUCUCGUCGCUUUAUGUGGGACGUCAUCGCGGAUAUCUCGACUCGUGGCAAGAACUCGACGAUUGUGCUUACAACGCACAGUAUGGAGGAGUCGGAGGCGCUGUGUUCACGUGUCGGUAUCAUGGUGGGCGGUCGUCUGCGUUGCUUGGGUAGUGUGCAGCACUUGAAGUCUCGGUUUGGCGACGGUCUGGUCUUCGACGUCAAGCUGGCUAAUCCGUCCCAAGAAGAGCUGGAUGAACUGGUGCAGCGACACUUUGGAGGAGCUGAAGAGAUCGUCACUCGUGAGGAUUUAGAAGACAAGUGCAGGUCGUUUGGAGAUGAAGAACUGGCCCAGCGAGUGGUGGCUUCGCACCCGACAGGAUACGGUCUCGCUGCUGUACUGGAACGCGAUGGAUACAUUCGCGCAGAGGCGUUCUUGUCCUGGUGUCUGGAGGAAACGCGGUUCGAUGCAUUGUUCCACUUUCUGAGCUACUCGUUCAGCCACGGUGGCGUGUCGGUGAUGGAGCGUCAGAACGAUUUCUGCCGCUUUAAGUUGCGUGGCUCGAAUGAUGAGUUGCGGCUGUCGAAGGUGUUUGCUCUUGUGGAAGAGAUUAAGGAAAAGAUGCACAUCCGAGAGUACAGCGUCUCGCAAACGUCACUGGAGCAGAUCUUCAACUACUUUGCGUCUCAACAAGCCGAGGAACAGGGCGUGGCUCGUGGCUUUCAAGAAGCUUAACUUCAUUUUUCUAUCCGACAAUGAGUAAAGAAAAAUAAAUGUUGGAUAUUUUUUUUAGUUUGUACGUUACCAC